AUGGAGGAUACUAUAGACGAUUAUGUGAGGAGUUUGGAGACUCAAUUGGAAAAUAAAGUCGUGUUUUUGAAGCAAUCUAGGGAUAGUCUCAAGAAACUACGACAAGAGUACAAAGAUGAAGAAGCGCAAGACAUAAAUCCAGACAUAUGGAAGGCAUUCAUGAAGAAACCUGUCAUGUAUGUGGAGAAGUCAGAUCCAAUUGGUUUGAGUCUUGCUGAUGUUGAUGUAUAUUUACGAAAUGAGUCGUCGCUGGACUGGAUCGAAAUGAUGACUGGGAAAGAGAUGAAUUAUUGUACUACAUUGAAGGAAUCCAUUAAUAAUCAACGUAAUAUGAAUAAGGAUCUGUCGACAUUGAUAGGUUUACUUGAACAAGAUGAUCUAGAGACGGAGGAGGUUGAAGAGAUACCUGUAGCGUCCAAUUUGUUGGAUCAAAAUCAGAAACUAUGGGAUUCGCUUCAAUUGUUUACUAAAGAGGUAUUAUGUAAAAAUGAAAAUAACCGAAUCGAGAUAUAUAAUCUAUUGAAACGAUUAGUUAAAUUCGAUCCUCUUCUUACCGUCUCUGAUUUCAGAAUCUCUCAUGAAUCCGAAAGAUUGUAUAGGUUGUUAUCGAAGGCUAAUCUUGUCGACGUCAUCCAUAUUGACAACAAUACCAAUUCCCAGGUGAGAUUGAUCAAUUUUAAUGACAACGACCUGAGUUAG